AACAGGUUUAAGAUCAUUUGCAGGAAGAUUCCAGAUUUACGUCCCAUCACCCUCUCUCUCAGUUUUUAGGGUUUUGGUGUAUUGUAGAUGGAGAAAUCACAAUAAUAAAAGACCAGACAGUAUUGCAGGCUGUGGAAAAGAACCAACAUGGCCCUGUCGGUUGUUUUCCAGAUUAAUUCACUCUGUGUGCCAAACGCAUUUGCAUCCCUUUUCUUGGAUGACUGAAAUUUGCUUGCUAUGGUUACGAGAAUCUUGUAUGGCUGUUCGGACAUGGGAGACACACAAACUUCUCCUUUCUCGGAUUAAUGUUUUUUAAAUUAAAACCCCAUUAUCCAUGAAUCAGUGCUAAAAGCAGCUGCAUUUUCUAUGACUUCACAUCGUUUCCUGCAAAAUCACCCGACUCUGCUACUGUCGCAGUUUACUGUAAUUAGGUAAAUUUUUACUAUUUCUGCUGCUUAAGGGGGUCCCCCAUUCCUUCAGUCAAGUCGUUUGUCCAGUAGUAUCUUACUUCUUAAAAUUGAAGAAUUUGUACUCUCUCUCUCUUGCGAGUAAGUUAUUAUGAUUUUUUUUUUCCCACCUAAAAUUGAUAAAAAUAAGAAUUACUCGGGCACUGGAAGUCCCAAUUAAGUAGUCACGUCCUUAACGUCUAUUCGUUUCGACAUUUUAUUGAUUUAACAUAUUAGGAAUAAGGUUAAGAAUUAGCGAAAUGGGGGUAGUGGGGUUAGCACCCAAAAGUACUAGUCAAAAGAAAAUAAAGCUCAAUUCAAGAUUACUUUGUUGAUUAAUUAUCAAGAAUUGUUCUGAGAUUAGGGUAGAUAUUUUGCGAGAAGGGGGUGGAGAGAGAGAGAGAGGGAGUUUACAACAGAGAAAUUACGAUCAUAGAUUUUGAUGAAGAUGGUUUAGGAAGAAGGAUUAAGAGGAGGAUUAUCUUGUUUGAUUAAAGUGAGUUUAGUAAGUAGAUUUUAAUUAUGGAAAAAAGGGGUCAAGAAAGGGAUAUGGGGAUUCCAAAUUUUAUGGGUUAUAAUCCUUCACAACUCAAUCAAGAAUCACCAGUCAAACUGCCGCUUGCUCCUAUAGUUUCUACUCCACCAGAUAGAAGAGGAAAUGCAACUGUUUCGACGCGCCGUGGAAGUGCUAUUUUCAGCCCUAUACAAACCCUAGAUCACCAUCGUCCUCUUCCUCCACCACCACUACUACCACCACGUGCACAGAAAGACUCAAAUCCAGCUCCAGAUCCAGAUCUAGAUCCAGUCACUUCUCCUUCUGGGGUAACUGGUGGCGCAUCAAAUUCAAAGUCAUCGCCUCCGCCGCCGCUGCAACAAGGCCAAGAAUCAGGAGCUUCCACUGUAAUUAGAUAUAGAGAAUGCCUGAAAAAUCAUGCAGCAAAGAUGGGAGGUCAUGUCGUGGAUGGUUGUGGAGAAUUCAUGCCAAGUGGUCAGGAGGGCACCCCAGAAUUCUUGAGGUGCGCUGCUUGUGAUUGCCACCGGAGUUUCCACCGGAAAGAAGUCCAAGGCCGUACGAAUAACCACCGGAUUCCAGUUCUACAAAGCCAAUCUCCUCCCACCAUGCCGCCGCAGCACAAAUACUCCCAUACGCCGCCAGUGAUGGUGGCGUUUGGUAGAAACAGCGGUGGAGCUGCAGCUGACUCAUCUAGUGAAGAUCUAAACAUAAAUGAUUCCAGCGCCGGCGGACAUGCAAUGGUCCAACCAUCAUUUUCCGGGUCCAAAAAGCGGUUUCGAACAAAAUUCAGCCAAGAGCAGAAGGAUAAAAUGCAUGAAUUGGCUGCGAAACUCGGGUGGAGGAUUCAGAAACAAGAUGAACAAGAAGUGCUGAAGUUCUGCAACGAAGUGGGUGUAAAGAGAGAGGUGUUCAAGGUUUGGUUACAUAACAACAAACAGGCCAUGAAGAAGAGACAAAUCUAAGGAUAUGCAGCUCAGAAAUGUCAGCAAUGAAUACAAUCCAUGACUCUCUAUGUUUGCUCAAAUUUUGUCACAAAUAUUAACGGUCUAGACUAAAAAAUGUAGUAGCCGACUCAUGAGACUUGGUGGAACCAGGGCCGGUCCUGGGCUGAGGCAUUUGAGGCCUCAGCCUCAGGCCCAAAACCUUUAGGGGGCCCAAUUUUGCUUCAAAUUUUUUUUUUUUUUUUUUUUUUGGGAAUAGUUUUGGAUUUUGGAUGUUAUUUUAAUUUUGUAUUGUUUUCGUAAACUUGUAAUGCUCAAAUUUUUGUGUACAUAAUUGAAAAUGUUAUUAGAUUUUUACGUAAAUUUUUACGUUGAUUUCGUCCGAGGGCCCAAUUUACGGACCUCGCCUCGGGCCUCCAUUAUCACAGGACCGGCCCUGGGUGGAACCUCUUAUUGAGGAAUUAGCUUGGGCGGUAUGGCAUAUACGAUAAUACAGAUGAUCACAGGGCGACUGCUCCUUUCUCGCUUAGCUAUGAAGAUUCAACCGAUUUCCGAAAUUGAGGUCCCACUUUGAUUCGACAGUUUUCUAGAAAUGACUAAUGAUUCAUUCCUUAAUGGUACAUCGUUCCAUCUACGCUUAUGUGGCACCUCGGUCCUCCAUCCCUUCUAGCUACCGCUCUGGGUCAAGAAGUUAAGCCACCGCGUUCAUCUCAUUUUGGGCCCUCUCAAAUAUGAGGUUAGCUGGUAAAGCAAGAUGGACAACAACAUUUAUAAAUUGUCAUUGCAGUGUACUCUUUGUACGCUUCUGUGGAGCACCGUAGACAGAUUGAUGGUCCCCGUAUUUUCGAAUGUUUGCAAUUCGUUCUCCGCACUUUUUGGACUCUGCAAUUUGGGCAUCUGUGAUUCUGAGUUCUGCAAACUCGUCCUUGAAUUAUUCUGAUUUUGCAAAUCAGUCCAUGAUAUUCUGUCACAGGAUCAUGUCUAGAAUUUCAUAAAGUGUCAAACUGUUCCCCAUAUUUUUCGAAAUUUGCAGUUUGCUUCUAGACGUUCCAUACUUGUAAAUUCAGCUUCUAAUUUAUCCUUGGAGUUCAAAUGAGAGGAGUCCACUACAUACGCAUCCACCCCGAAAGAAGGGUUUUGAUCAA